CAAACACAAAUUCCUGCCCUUGGGGAGCUGACAUUCUAGCAGAGAAGGCAAUACACAAGUAACUUUACCAUUAUGUCUUUGCUGAGUCCUAAAUGGCUCUCAGAUCUCUGCAAAAGUAGGCCAACCACUAAUGGACCUUUUUAUCCAAGGAGCCUCCUUUAGGCCACUACCUAAUCUCUUCUGUGCACCCCUCUCAUGUAGGCAGAAUGAUAAUCCCCUUUUUACAGAUGGAGAAACUGAGGUACACAGAACAUCAAAAGCUUGGUGGGUCUGGGAUUGGAGUCCAGGGCUGGCUGGCCUGCAACCUCCCGUGCAGCCCUAAAACGAAACAACCCCUUCCCCGUGGCGGUCACGCCACAGUGUACCCGGCCCGCCCGAUCUGGGCUGCUUCCAGCUCGGGGCUGCCUGGGGGAUGGGUGACCUCCCGCCGCCGCCACCACUGUCCGCCCUCCGCGCCCUCCCAGAGCUGGGUCCCGGCCAGUCCCGCCCCUCCUGCCGCCACUGAGCUGUACCGCCCCGUCACAGCGGCCCAGCUGCAGCCGGGGAGGCCGACAGUAGGGAGGACCUUGCCUCAGAGACUUGGGGGGAGGAGGGGUGGCGAGGCAGGACACCCCGGCGCGCGCUUAACGCCUGCUGGCCAGGUAAGCCUCAGCCAGUGCUGCAGGCAGUCUGAUUCUCAGUCUCCUGAGUGACUUCUGAGGAGCAUCUGCAGGCAAGAAGAUGGCCCAAGUUCUGCACGUGCCAGCCCCCUUCCCAGGGACCCCUGGCCCAGCUUCCCCACCCUCCUUCCCUGCCAAGGAGCCGGACCUGCCCUACUCAGUGGAGACACCCUAUGGCUACCGCCUCGACCUGGACUUCCUUAAGUACGUGGAUGACAUUGAGAAGGGCCACACUCUGCGGCGGGUGGCCGUGCAGCGCCGCCCCCGUCUGGGCUCGCUGCCCCGUGGCCCUGGCUCCUGGUGGACGUCCACUGAGUCACUGUGCUCCAACGCCAGUGGAGAUAGCCGCCACUCAGCCUACUCUUACUGUGGCCGUGGCUUUUAUCCCCAGUAUGGCGCCCUGGAAGCCCGUGUGGGCUUCAAUCCCCGAGUGGAGCGCACGCUGCUGGAUGCUCGUCGCCGCCUCGAGGACCAGGCAGCCACACCCACUGGCUUGGGCUCCCUGACACCCAGUGCAGCCAGCUCAACGAGCUCCCUGGUGGGUGUAGGGCUGCCACUCCCAACACCCCGGAGCUCAGGACUGUCUACACCAGUGACGCCCAGUGCUGGGCACCUGGCACAUGUGCGGGAGCAGAUGGCAGGUGCCCUGCGGAAGCUUCGGCAGCUGGAGGAGCAGGUAAAGCUGAUUCCUGUGCUUCAGGUGAAGCUGUCGGUGCUACAGGAGGAAAAGCGACAACUCACAGUGCAGCUGAAGAGCCAGAAGUUUCUGGGCUACUCCACAGGGAUUCGGAGCCGCCAAGAGCUCUGCCUGGACCUCCCUGAGCCCCCUGAAGACCCAGUGGCACUGGAGACCCGGAGUGUGGGUACCUGGGUCCGAGAGCGGGACUUGGGCAUACCCGAUGGGGAGGCAGCCCUUGCUGCCAAGGUCGCCAUAUUGGAGAUCCAACUCAAAAAAGCGCUACAGGAGCUGCAGGCAGCUCAGGCCCGCCAGGCUGACCCCCAACCCCAGGCCUGGCCACUGCCAGACUGCCCGGUCCGUGUGGACACUGUCCGUGUGGUGGAAGGGCCACGGGAGGUGGAAGUAGUGGCCAGCACAGCUGCCGGGUCCCCUGCACAGCGGGCCCAGAGUCUGGAGCCUUAUGGGGCUGGUCUGCGGGCUCUGGCGACAUCCAGCGGGGCAGAGAGCCCUCCUGUAUUCUGCAGCCACGAGGUAGUGGAGACGAUGGGCCCAGUGCCCACUGCAUCCACCAGCAGCUUCCACGCAGUGAAGAAAAUCAGCAUCUCAGAGCAAAGCUGUAGUGGCCCAGCAGGUGUCUCACAGGCUCCUGUAGAGUCACCCUCACCACCCCUGGGGACUACAGCUGCCUCUCUGGCACAGCCGGAAAAGGAUGCAGGCUAUACCCAUGAUACCGCCUUCAGGAAGUCCAGCCAGCAAGCAGCCUCCCAGGAGCCAGAGGAGGCAGGGGGUGUAGGAGGGCCUCAGGCAUUUGUACAGUCCAUCAUGAAGAGGAAAGAGGAGCCCACAGAUCCAGCAGCCAACCGGAGGAGCCUCCAGUUUGUGGGGGUUAAUGGCAGGUAUGAGUCCUCCUCAGAGGACUCCAGCACAGCUGAGAACAUCUCAGAUAAUGACAGCACAGAGAAUGAGGCCCCAGAGCCAGAGGAGGGGAUUCCAAGUGUGGCCCAAGCCACACUCCAGCUGAUGCCUGGGGGGCCAGCAGCAGCAAAGACUAGCCAGCAGGAAUGCCAGCUGUCUCGGGAGUCACAGCAUGUGCCCACAGCUGAGGGAGCAUCAGGAUCCAACACGGAGGAGGAGAUCCGGAUGGAGCUAAGUCCUGACCUCAUCUCAGCUUGCCUUGCCCUGGAAAAAUACCUGGACAACCCUAAUGCCCUCACCGAGCGGGAGCUGAAAGUAGCCUAUACCACAGUGUUACAGGAGUGGCUGCGCCUGGCCUGCCGCAGCGAUGCACACCCUGAGCUUGUGCGGCGCCACCUGGUCACAUUCCGGGCCAUGUCUGCGCAGCUACUGGACUACGUGGUCAACAUCGCUGACAGCAAUGGGAACACGGCACUGCACUACUCUGUAUCUCAUGCCAACUUUCCUGUGGUGCGACAGCUACUCAAUAGCGGUGUCUGCCAGGUGAACAAGCAGAACUGUGCUGGCUAUAGCCCCAUCAUGCUCACUGCCCUGGCCACCCUGAAGACCCAAGAUGACAUCGAGACUAUCCUUCAGCUCUUUCGACUUGGAAAUGUCAAUGCCAAAGCCAGCCAGGCCGGACAGACAGCCCUGAUGCUGGCAGUCAGCCACGGGCAGGUGGAUGUUGUCAAAGCCCUUCUGGCCUGCGAGGCAGAUGUCAACGUGCAGGAUGAUGACGGGUCAACAGCCCUCAUGUGUGCCUGUGAACAUGGCCACAAGGAGAUAGCGGGGCUGCUGCUGGCUGUGCCCAACUGUGACGUCUCACUCACUGACCGUGACGGGAGCACGGCCUUGAUGGUGGCCUUGGAUGCUGGACAGAAAGAGAUCGCGUCCAUGCUGUAUUCCCACAUGAACAUCAAGUGCUCGUUUGCCCCGAUGUCAGAUGACGAGAGUCCUGCGUCGUCCUCAGCAGAAGAGUAGCCUCCCCUCGGGGACCAGCCAGCCCCAGAACAAACUGUCCCUGUCCCCCCCUCCCUGGCCACCCCCUGCUCACACUCCCCAGGGCCCAUGUCUCCAAGGCAACUGGGUUUUUCCUUCUGCUUCCUUGGGGGGAGCCCCAAAGACAACAAGACUCCAGCUCCAAGCGGGUGUUCUUGGCACCCCUGUUCAAAGCAGCCACAGCACAGACCAAAGCUAAAUUCUUGUAUAAAUUGGCGCCAGUCAGAGGCUGGGGUGUGGGUUUUAGGAAGAUCAUGGAGAACAGUCGGCGGGCAAUUAUGGAUGGAGGAGGGUGAGGGGGUACCAAUCUUUGAAUCAUUGUUGUGGGAGAGGGCAGCAAUCAGUUACAAAUCAAUUAUUUGUUGCCAGCUUUGAAAGUCACUGGAAUUUGCAUAUUGACAUCUUAAUCCUGAGCGUUAUUAUACAUAGGUCAGGGUUCAAGUGGCUCCCCUCCGUCCACCUCCCAACAUUUAAUUGUCUGGCAUAUAACAGUGUUUUGUCUGCUCCCCACUAGAUGUCUUUCUUGGGGGAAUUUUCUCUGGUCACUUCAUAAAACAGAUUCUGUCCUUGUCUCCCGGAGGAGAAAGCUCACUUCUCUGCCUUCUUGAACAUCACCCCUGUUCAAAUGGGGAUGGUGGGGUUGGGUAAGAGGAGGGUGCAGGACCCUGCAGCUGAGAUGCCUUGGUAGGGCUUUGUGACUUGUAGGGAACCAAUUCACAGUAAGAAAUUAAUUCCCCAGAAAUCUGUUCCCUCCUAGCACAGAGGCCCUGGCAAAUGUUAAUUUUCCUAGAAAAUUCUUCAAACUUGCAGACACAGGAAAAAGAUCUGGUUCUCAGAGUGGCUACUGCAUCCCUGGGCCCAAAACUAUGGUAAUAGGGUUGGGUGCUUUUUCUCUCUGGAAUUUCGGAAUCUCUCUCCUCAAUAGAAAGAAAACAGGGCAUGUGCUUGUUGGCAGAGGACAAAGCAAGCUCCAAAACCCCCAUGUGUACACAAUUAGAAGUUGGCUGCCCCAACCCAGGACUCUCCUGGAGCAAACUUAAAGAGACAGGACUUUGCUGAAGUCCAAACAAGGGCCAGUUAGUUUUUUUAACACAAUCAGUAGACUUUCCAGAGCUGCCUGGAACAGAACCUACUGGAAAUGAAGCUUGCCAGAGAUGCUCAGAAUUUCCUUCAUGGCCUAUUGUGUCCCCUAGAGUCUCAGUAUAGUUUUCUUUCCUGUUCUUUUCCUUGGUGAGCCAUGAAAGGGAAGGGCUCCAAGCCUCUAAAAAUGUGCCUUGUGAUCGGGGGGAGUGUGCUCCUGCCAAAUAUGUGCACUGCCCUUUGGCAUCCAGUUAGCUCAGACUCCGGGGCUGUCAGACCAAACCUCAGCAGAACAGUGUAAGCCUCAGAGCUCAUGUGCUCACUAAAGAAAGCAAAGAAUUGGCUUCUGGCCUGGAAAAGUAGGUUUCUUGGCUUGUCGUAGAUACACUUGCUUUGAUUUUUUUUUUUAAUUGAGAUGUACCUAGGACAAAAGGGUUUGGAUGGCCAAACAAGACAACCAGGAUGGGUGGAUGGAUGUAUUUGCACAUGUGGUCCCAAGAAAACACAACCAAAGCUGAGUGGGGACAACUGCUGAUGCCUGGCUGAAGGCUGCAGCUUUAAGAAGUGGUACUAGAGUCUAGCCCCAGAGCCAAUGAGUGCAUUUAUUUUAAGCUCCUACCAUAGAAGCUACUCCUUUGGCCCAGGAAUAUGUGACCCGAGAUAGGUCCAUCUCUUCUCUUCUUUCUGCUGUUCUUUCUCUCUCACCAGUGAGCUCCUGAGAUCCUGCCUCUCCCUGAUUUCACAUAUAUUCCUGAGCUUUAAUUCCACUUUCCAACCACGGUACAUCCAUAAAGACAGUAUUAUACACUUAAAUGAAGUAUUCUUUUUUAUAAUCUUUUUUUUAGAAGGUAAACGAAUUUAAUAAAGCUACCAAUAACGCCAAC